UGAAGUAUAUAGAGUAUGCUCGGGACAUGUCCUGUUCCAGGGGUACCUGGAGGACUAACUGGCUGCUGAUGCUGUAUCUUCCACAUGUUCAGUAUGGGAUCCUGCCCUUUUACCUUGCUGACUGGCUUCUUCCGGUUGGAGACGUGGCUUAGCACUUCUGCCAUAUUGAGCCACAGACAAACAUCUUUUUUUCUUUUCCACGACGCAAAUUUUAUUAGCCAAGACAACCGCUGUCAAGAACGUGAACGCAUAAAAAUAUAACAGAUACUGAAAAUGGUGCUGUUGGCGGCAGCGGUGUGCACCAAGGCGGGGAAGGCGCUGGUGUCACGGCAGUUUGUGGAGAUGACACGGACACGCGUGGAGGGCCUGCUCGCCGCCUUCCCCAAAUUAAUGAACACAGGCAAGCAGCACACGUUUGUGGAGACGGAGAGCGUGCGCUACGUCUACCAGCCGCUGGAGAAGCUCUACAUGGUGCUGGUCACCACUAAGAACAGUAACAUCCUGGAGGACCUGGAGACCCUGCGUCUCUUCUCUCGUGUGAUUCCAGAGUACUGCCGUGUGCUGGAGGAGAGUGAGAUCUCGGAGCACUGCUUCGACCUCAUCUUCGCCUUCGACGAGAUCGUGGCACUCGGCUACCGGGAGAACGUCAACCUAGCACAGAUCCGCACCUUCACCGAGAUGGACUCGCACGAGGAGAAGGUGUUUCGUGCCGUCAGAGAGACCCAGGAGCGUGAGGCCAAGGCGGAGAUGCGGCGCAAGGCCAAGGAGCUGCAGCAGGCCCGGCGGGACGCAGAGCGAGGCAAGAAGGCCCCGGGCUUCGGUGGCUUCGGGAGCAGCGCAGUUGUAGGUGGCACAGCCAUCAUCACUGACACGCUGGUGGAGGCGGAGAAGCCCAAACCGUCCCCGGUGCCCGCCAGGUCCAGUGGGCCCAGCAAAGCCCUCAAACUUGGUGCUAGGGGUAAGGAGGUGGAUGACUUUGUGGACAAGCUGAAAUCAGAGGGUGAGAACAUUAUCCUACCCAGCACCGGCAAAAGACCCUCUGAGGCCUCCAAAUCUCUGCCCACGCCUGUUAACACAGAGAGUGUGCAUCUGCGGGUGGAGGAGAAGAUCACGCUGACGUGUGGACGCGACGGCGGGCUGCAGAACAUGGAGGUGCUAGGCAUGAUCACCCUCCGUGUGACCGAUGAAAAGAGCGGACGCAUCCGACUGUUAAUCAAUAACGACGACAAACGGGGCGUCCAACUGCAGACCCACCCCAACGUGGACAAGAAGCUUUUCACGGCCGAGUCUCUGAUCGGGCUGAAGAACCCGGACAAGUCGUUCCCCCUGAACAACGACGUGGGCGUGCUGAAAUGGAGACUGCAGACCACAGACGAGGCCCUCAUUCCACUAACAAUAAACUGCUGGCCCUCGGAAAGUGGCUCCGGUUGCGAUGUUAACAUAGAGUAUGAGCUGCAGGAAGAAUCACUGGAGCUCAAUGACGUGGUGAUCUCGAUCCCCAUACCGUCAGGGGUGGGUGCUCCUGUGAUUGGUGACCUGGAUGGGGAAUAUCGCCAUGAUGGCAGGCGGAAUGUUCUGGAAUGGUAUCUGCCUGUGGUGGAUGUGAAGAACAAGACGGGCAGUCUAGAAUUCAGCAUAGCCGGCCAGCCCAAUGACUUCUUUCCCGUCAACGUGUCUUUUGUCUCUAAGGGCAACUACUGUGACAUUCAGGUCACUAAAGUGUCUCAGGUGGACGGCAACAGUCCGGUGCGGUAUUCCACAGAAACAUCCUUCCUGGUCGACAAGUAUGAGAUAUUAUAAAAAAAACAAAACAACAAAACAAAACACAAAAAGGAAACCUCGCCGACAGAAAACCUAAAACCAACUUCAGAGAAAAUGAGAUCAACGGAUCGAACACACAAAUUUAAACCCAAGACAAGCAAGAGAGAUUUGAAGCAUGAAGAGGUGGUGGUUGAUAACCUUUUCACUUUCAGCAGUACUUAGUCUUGAGCCUUUCUGUUCUCCCUCUAAAACAAUGGCCCUUUUCCACCUUGACAGGCAGUGUUGGCUGCAUUGGUACUUUUGUACAAACAUGAAUAUUGCGAAAAAGUGAUGGGUUUGUUGAGUUGAGCAAAAGGAACGUCACAGCCAAAACAAUCGCGGUUUUAACUAGACGCCAAACCAUGUGGGCUGUAUCAUUCUAGAGAAUGAAAGUGGGUUGGGGGAUGAAUAAUUUAUGUGACUCCACCAUGUCUUGAAUCAGUUGUAUAGAUGACUGCGUUUUAUUAAAAAUUUAUAUAACUUAGCAUUAAGCAUAAGUCAUUUGCUAGUGUGAUGUUUUCUUCUAUCUUAAACCUGCUUGGGUUUGUUGCUUACACUCGUGCUAGGAUUCUACACCAUAGGGGUUGUCUGAGAUCUCUUCUGAGAUACUGUACUGCACUCAUGGAUGGCUGACUUUUCCUGCUAAUAGCUUUUGUCUGAACAGUCCUCCACUGACCUAUCUACUCCUUGCUUGCAUCAGCAGGACCAUGUUACGAAAUGGACCUCACUGUUUUGUCUGUGUAUGUAGCCCCAACACAUUUAUCUUUUCUCCCCAAUUUUUUUUUUAACUCUCUGAUCGGCUGUGAAAUUGACUGCUGCACAAGUCCAUGCUUGUAUUGCUGUCGGUCUCCUGUUUGGUUUGUCUGCAUCCUCCUCCUUUCUUUUUCCUGCUUUAUCCUACCGUUCUUUAAGCAUGCUGGAGUGGAUGGAUGCUUUCGGAAUCCAAUCCGAAGUCGCCGUAGAGCUUUUAAAUGCUUUGUAUUGCCAGUCAUUGUGCAUUUCUGAACUGUCAGAAUUUGUUUUUUGCACCAGUAGAAGGGGUUGCACAUCCAUGACCAGCAAAACCUCUAUGGACUGGUGCUGUUGUAGAGAGUGCAAUACAUAAAUCAUGGUGUUUUUGAAUAUCUGGGCCUACCUUUAUCUGCAGUUUAGACACCACACAUCUUUGGUGCCUGUGUUUCACCGAUGGAUUUAACUGUGACGUGAACAAGUCUUGGAAGUGUUUGUGUGAAACAACCCAGAAGGAUAUGCAAGAACCACCUCAAAUCUUCCUGUAUGUGACUGCAAGAAGUCAGGCUGUUGAGAGAAAAUGUCCUUUCUUUCUGUGCCAGAACAAGCAGAAGUGCUCGUAUCCACAGCAUCAACCUCCAUUGGGUCCCAGGAAGGGAGGACUUCAGCCCAUUGGCUAGGCCCCCUGCUCCCUUUGUCCUGCAGCUGGUAAGAGCUGGCUGCCAGUGCAGGGCAUUGGGCAGCUUCUCCCAUAUGGUUGUUCAUGAGUGUGGUUCAGAUUGCAGCAAUGGACAGUGGGUGGCUGACCUGGCCUGAUCCUCAGUCUGGACCCUCUCACACUUGUACAGGAGAAACGCCAGUGCUCUCCCCCACCGCUUCUCAUAUUCAGUAACGCCUCAACUCCACAGCUCGGCGAGGAAAAUGAAAUACUAUGUUUGGGUUUUUGAGUUUUUGUUUCUUUGUAUUGUGUUUUCUUUGUUUGUUUUUUGUUUUUUUUUGUUUGUUUGUUUUUGGAAUCAUAUUGCAGGUGGGAAGUGGAAAGGUAAAUCCGAGUUUCUGUUUCUUGUUUUUUUGUAACCCUGUAAAAUAAUUAAAUAGGGUCAUGAUGAAUAACAUUCCAGUGUAAACUUAUUAAAGAAAUUAUUAAAAUGUAUAAAAAUACCAAA